AUGAGCUAAUAAUUGGUUUAAAACUGAUAAGUAUUAAUUAACAGUAAUUACCUAUACCUCUAUAUAUACAAUGCCCUUUCAGUUCACAUCACAGCACCCCUCAAAGGAAAAUAGCAUCAUUUAUCUCUUUACGAAUUCAAAGCACACACCAUGGCCAAAUCAACUGCUUCACUACUUGUUUUUCUUUUCAUUUUUCCUCUGCUCCUCUCAUCCAACAACUUGGGAGGGCAUGUGAAGUUUGUUUAUGGAUUGGAAGCCCAGAAGAGUUGGUGUGUGGCAAAACCUUCAUCAAGUGAUUCUACACUGGAGAACAACAUUGAGUAUGCUUGCAGCAUCUUGGGUGAUUGCAAGAUGAUCCAGCCAGGUGGAUCCUGCUUCGAGCCCAACAAUCUGUUGAACCAUGCUUCGGUUGUCAUGAAUCAGUACUAUGCAUUCAGUGGUGGAAAUGGUUGGAACUGUUACUUCGCAGGAUCAGGUCUCAUAGCUGUCAGUGACCCAAGUUACGAUAACUGCAAGUAUGCUUAG